AUGAAGAUGACGGCGCAGGACAAGCACAAGUACAAAGAGGACGAGAAGAAGCGGAACAUGGAGAAGAGGAAGGAGAGGAAGGAGAAGGAGGACGAGGAGAGGAGGAACCAGGCGGAGGAGAGGAGGAACCAGGCGGAGGAGUGGAAAAGGGCUUUUGAUUAUGAGGAGGAGAUGGAAUCCACAAUGGAGUAUCUCAAAAAUCGGAUGGUUAUCGAGCAGGAUUUUUUUGAUGGCUGUCGUCGCAUGUGGGAACAUGCUCGGGGCUCCGAGAUUGGGCGGUGCGGUGCCUUCGAAGAUAAAACCUUAUUGAGCCCUAUGUUCUUUACACACUACACACCCUGUACCAUCCCAUCAUCUGCUGCGGUCACUGGGAGCACCUUGCAAAUCUACUCCUUCAGAAUUCUUGAACUAAAAGGCAACUUGAACUGGCCACUCUAUGUCUACGGCCUGAUCGCUGCUCGAGACACCGUGGACCGCAAUCGUAACAUUCUCUUCAACCGGUCGAUGUUUAAAUGUCAACUACUCACCCAAAAUGAUCCUUUUUUACGCUUGAGCGGCCCCUCUCGUGCAAUUGUAGCUCUGGACCCCGUUGACUUUGAAGUUGAACUAAAACUACAUGACGGAGUGGGAUGGGACUCCCAAGAUAGACCAUUGAUGAAUGUUAGCAACCGUUAUGAUGGUACUGAUCGUACCAUUCUCUUCCACAGCUGCUGGUGUACAGCAGAGUUAAGCCUUCAGCGACUUGCUACAACGGUCCAGGCCACUAUUGUUGGUGUUCGCGUGGUUGAAGGGGGGUGGCCUUUUAAAUAUGGAGGUCGAAUUGCUUGCUCCCAGUCUGCUGCAGAGGUUAUUGAAUCCACAUCUAUGGAAGUUGUGUUGCUGGAUUGUCAUGGUGAAGGAAUGCCUGUUGGACCAAAUGGUUACCUUCAGUUGUCAAGGAAUGUUGUUUCAGUAGAAUUACAAGGAGAAUUGAAAGUUGUCAUACAAGCUUACAUGGAAUCUGGUCGUAUUGAUGACCACGAGGGUCAUCUAUACUUCCCUCCCAAACAUUGUCAAACAAGUACACUUGAAUGCUUCAUUAGCGACUUCAAGAUGGAGAUAACCGUUGCUUGGUCCCGCCUGGUCCGAGACAGAAUGGAUGUGCUGAUAGAGGGGCACAUCGGCAAGGAGUAG